AAGGUUGAUGACAAACAGACUUCAAUCGAAAUUCAAUUUGGUUGGUUCCAAGGGAAAGGUUACUGUGAAGUUACCUAUGGAAAAGUUAAAUGUUUACAAAGCAAUAAUUGAAUCGAUUAAGCGCUGUGAGCCUAAAGCAACAGACAAAGAAACUAGGUCAUUUAUUGCCUCCUGCCUAAAAUAUGCACCUUAUCGUUUGAAUGGAGGUAAACGGAAAUCUUGCAACCACGAAAUAGAAAACGAUGAAGUUCACAAAAGCGAUGAAGAAAUAAAUCAAGGUGACGACGAAUGCGAAGUCAAAUGUGACGUUGCAUCAAACAAAAGCGGAAGUAGUAGCAAAAAAUAAAAAUAAACUCUUAAACUCUAAAUAAAAUCUUACUUUCCCCCACUUAUUAAACUUUGUAACAAAUACUUUUUUGUAAAUUUUUUAAAUGUUAUCUUUCGAAAACGUUUAUAAAA